UGAGGUUAGUGGAAAAAUUGUCAAAUGUCAAGUUAGCGAUACAGCGAUUUCUUCCUUCAACGUGAAGUAAAAUUUUCAUAUUCCGAGAAUAUUUGUAGGUAUAGCUGAAUAUCGAAAUAUAACACGAUGUCAGGAAUCACCAGAAGUUUGCGACUUCUGAGUAUGGCUAAGUCGCUUAGGCAAUUUUCAAGCAGAUCUGCUAUUUUGGGAUUGAGUAAGCGCCCCUUAUGUACUCGGGGACUAUUUAAUAAUGAAAUAUCUGCUAGCCAGAUACAACUUCGGUUCUAUUCACCUGAAAUUAAGAACAAGCCUUCUGAGGAGGAGGUCAAAAAACGGGUGCUGAACGUUUGCGCUUCAUACGAUAAGGUCACGGCUGAAAAGCUGACUUUGGAUUCACAUUUCAUGAACGAUUUAGGCCUUGAUUCAUUGGAUCAUGUUGAAGUGAUAAUGGCAAUGGAAGAUGAAUUUGGAUUUGAAAUUCCUGAUGCCGAUGCAGAAAAGCUGUUGAAGCCUGCAGAUAUUGUUAGAUAUAUUUGCGAUAAAGAGGACAUUUAUGAAUAAGAAUGUUUUGAGUUUGUAGAAUAAUUAAUGUGUAAGUUGAAAGUAAAAUGAACCAAUUA